CUCUUAUUUACUGUCAAGACAAAUAAAUGUACUUGACGUUGUUCAUAUGCACGUUGUCAUUUAAGAGCAAGUUGAGAAAAGAAGACAAUUAGCUUAUUUAACAUGGCAGGACAUGAAUCGAUGGAAGUCAGAUGACAUCGAAUAGAGCGACAAGGUGUCAUGUGCCGUCAUUCCGGAAGGGGGCAGUAAGUUGAAGAAACAGAAGAAAGGAGAAGAAGAAGCUUCAUGAAGGAAAGCAAGGGAGUGUUGCUUGCUAGUGCUGAUGAAGGCGAAGAUGAUGAUCGUUCUUGUGCACAAAUAUACACUUUACUCUUUGAUGUAACGACUAAUAGCCGCUUGCGCGUAUGCUAGCUCACGUGAUGUGUGCGCGUCCAUGAUAGUCGCAAAUGAAGCUAGCUGUUAGCUAUUGUGCAUACUUUCUAAUGCUUCGGUUGAACUACAUCAACGGAAACACUUUUAACAUCGAUUGUCUAGUGACGACGUGUUAACACGAAUGAUCAUGAAAACAAACUAGCCGUUAAUGUGUAUGACUAUUCUUCUAUUCUAUUCUGCGACGGUUUAAUGUAUAAUGCUAGUAGUAAUCACAGAGUUAAAUUCAUACACACUGGGUGACCUGGUGCUAGCCUGAGUUCCCAGAGGUCACAGGUCACGGUCAUCCACCAUGAACUCUGCCACACGCCUGAAACUGGGAACAUCCCAUCAACGUGGGCUUGGCGAGGAGGGAUGCUCGCCGGUUGAAGAGGACGCCACAGAGUCCAGCCUCAUCAUCACCACAGGUGAUCAACACGCUAAGAGCGCUAGGAGGAGAGCGGUGAGGAGGAAGAGGAAGACUGAAACGGGGGAAGAGGAUCAGAGAGAAGAAGAGGGGGCGGGCGGAGAGUUGAUUGACAGACAGCUGGACCAGUCACUGGAGAACAAGUCCAAACAACACAAGCUGACCAGCGUGAACGUGCGCAACAUCAUCCACGAAGUCAUCACCAAUGAACACGUGGUGGCCAUGAUGAAAGCUGCUAUCAACCAGACGGACGCCAUGCCUCCAUUUGAGCCCAAAAUGACUCGAUCCAAGCUGAAAGAAGUUGUGGAAAAAGGCGUGGUGAGACCUCUUUGGCUUUUUGGGGGCCUUCAUGUUGUCUGCCCCGCUCACUCCCUGUCCGCCCUGCUCGCUUCCUGUCAGGUGAUCCCAGCAUGGAACAUCUCGCCCAUCAAGAAGAGCAGUCAGGUUUCCAAGGCUCCCCAGUUUGUUGACAUCCCUCUGGCUGAGGAAGACUCCUCUGAUGAAGAGUACCAUCCUGAUGAGGAAGAGGAGGAUGAGACGGCUGAAGACACGUUGCAGGAGAGUGACUUGGAGAGUGCGGCAUCGCCACCUAGAGGAAGUGCAGUGCAGAGGCCGGACCAGGACCCCCGCUGCCCCUGGAAGAGUUCUCGAGCGCCAUCCUGCCAUUUCAGGGUGGAGUCUGUCCCCAUGGCUCCUCCCCCCCUUCCCAAAGCCCCACCUCCCAAAGUAGUGACAGACAGCACUUUCUUGGAGAAGCUUCAUGCUGUGGAGGAGGAACUGGCUGUGUGUAUGGAACCUUACCAGUGUCAGCCUCUGUCGCAGUCAGACGAUGAAGUCGGGCUGAUGGCGUACCGGACACGCUCAAAGCGUCCUCUUCGUGAUGUCCCUCUGGGCCAACUGGAGGCGGAGCUCCGAGCACCAGACAUCACGCCUGACAUGUACGACUGUGGCUCCGCCCCCGAGGACAGAGAGUGGACCGUUUGGUUGAGAGGCCUGAUGAACUCUGACAUGGACGAUGAGGAGUGUGAUGAUGAUGAUGAUCCAGAGUACAACUUCCUGGCUGACAUUGAUGAACCAGACCAGGAGGAUUACCGUGACGACAAGGCAGUCCGCAUCACCAAAAAGGAAGUGAAUGAACUGAUGGAGGAGCUGUUUGACACGCUGAAAGGUGACCUGGGGGGGCAGGAAGUGGAUGAGGAAGGACAUGAAGAGGAGGAGGAGCCACAUGAGGACACGCCCACACUUGACAAGCGUGUUGACACACACGUGUGUGACAUGUCCAAACAUGGGCACAGUGGCGAGAACAGACCAAUCAGAGAGCGGCGUACCGUCAAGCAGCAGCUAGCCUUCAUCAGAAGCACACAACACAAACACUGUACACACACAUACACACUGACGCUGGAUACACAACAACGCAACACACUCAAGCAGCAGCUGCAGCAGCAUGUUCAGCUGUUGGCUGAGGUUCACCUGCUGACUUCACCUGUAGAAGAACUUCACAGUGAAGCUGAAACCACUAGACACUUCCUGUUUGAGUUAGACGUGUUGGCCCAAAGAGGCGAGCUGAUGAUGUCGUCACAGCAUCGCUCUGACGUCAGCGCUUUUAGAGCAUCCAACCUGCGCGGGGCGCUGCAGCUGCUGGACGAGCUGCAACAUCACCCCAUCAGCUAUGUGACACGCAAGCACCCACCUGACACACGUGGACAGAUGCGCUGUUUUCCCAUCAUGCCAGCUGAGUUGGCAUGGAUCUUUGCUACUUGUUCAGUUUUCCUCUACCCAGAACUUCUGCCGUGUGUCAGUCUGGAUCCAGCUCUCUACUGCCCCCGCAGGACAGCUGCCUUUACUGCAGCAGAAGACUGUUUGUUGGUUCUGGGUCUGAGGAACAUGGAGGGGUCAUGGGACCCGACCAAGCUGGUGUCUGAGUUUCUAUUGGGCAAAAGUCAUCUUCAGGUGCGACGCAGAAUCCUGCAGUGCUGCAGACCUGGCACCCCCGACAACAUGGUCAAGGCGUACUGGCACCAGCAUGUGUUGUGGUCCAUGCCACUGGCCUCCUGUCACGUUGAUGCAUCAGAGCAGCGCCCCCCAGUGGAAAGACCCUUGAGCAUCAUGCCUCUGUGGUUACUGAGGAGUAUCCCUAUUGUCUUAGCAGCAGUCAAACAAAUCAACAGUCUACCUGGCUCCGCCCUCUCCACCAACAGCUUCCCAACCCAAGUGUGCUAUCCACCCCGCCCGCCCCCCAACCUUGACUUCCGCCGCACAGGUUUUGUUCAGCAUCCGCCCCCCCCCAUGACACCCAGUGGACCGACCAGUCAGAACAGACAAUGUGGGAGGGGUGAGACUCCACCCUUUCCCAACCACACAGACAUGCAGGACAGCAAAGAGGCGGAGCUUCCUGUCUUGCAUCUGUCAGAAUCCUCAACAUGCUCCGACUCUGACCUGCUUGUGGCCAAGGAGGCGGAAGCCAAAGGGGAUCCGGGUGUGACCUUGGCGCCAGUAGAAGACGGAGGAACGUCCUCACUUGAAUCUUUAACUUCCUGUCCGCCAUUCAAGCAGAAAUUGUGGGCGUCGUCUCGUGGAACACCAGGCUGUCAUCUUGCAGACAGAAACCGGCGCCAAGACGCACCAGCCCACAAAGCGCCAAAGCAUGCAGUUUUUGCCAAAAAUGUCUCAAUGGGCGUAAACGGAGAAAGACUAAUUAUCUGGACCCGGGAAGCGGACCGCGCCAUCCUGACUGCCUGUCAGCAGCGAGGAGCCAAUCAGAAAACAUUCCAACAAGUCUCCGCCCACCUGGGAAACAAGACGGCUCACCAGGUGCGUCUUCGUUUCCAUGACCUUGUUAACCUUUUCCACCUGGCAUCCCAGAAAGACAAAUCCUGUUCCUCAGGCGGAAGCCAGGACCCACCAGCGGAACCGGAACAAACCCAAACGCAGCCAGAUGACCUGUGACCUUGACAUGUCAUUGAAGAGUCAAAGAAUUGUUUGAAAAAUUCACAUUGAAUGAUUUUAAACACGUCAUGUUUAUGCUGAAAAUAAAGCUUAUUCAAUAAAGACAACGCCCAUCCUUCAUGUUGGAAAGUGGGUGGGCCCAAAAAAAAGCUUGGUAGAGGUCACACAGAGGUCA